AUGGUGGAGGAGGCCGGCUUCGGGCGGGCUGAGAUGAAUAGCGAGAAGUUGGCUGGAACGGUGAAGGGCUUUCAGCGACAUAUUUUUCUCACCUGGGGCUUAGCAACUGAAUGGCCUGAAGAUCCCUUCGAGAAGCAGUACAAGGGGAUGCUGGAGAUCAAAGGCAAGGUGCGGAUCACCUUGGUGGAGCGGUCCGAAGGACAGCGACUAGACCUGGUGAAUCACUUGCCUGAAUUCCAGGAUGGCCUGGUGCUCUUGUACCCCGAGGCAGUGGAGUUCGAUGUGGGCGCGGAUGGUGCCCAGAUUCCGCAGCUCCUCGCCUUCCUGCGGCAAGGAGGCACCGGACGCUCCUUGGGUCGCGACAUUGAAGACACCAUGCUCUUCGUGUGUGCGCAUGCCAAGCGCGAUGCCCGCUGCGGCUUUUGCGGGCCGGAACUGACCGCCAAGGCGGAAGAGCUUCUGAAGCUCAACGAGGUGCCAGCGAUGCGGAUACGCAAGUGCUCGCAUGUGGGCGGCCACAAAUAUGCGGGCAACGUCUUGGUCUACGGCAGAGACACAAGCCAUUGGUGCCUCGUUCUUUUGGGAGUUGGUGUCAGUAAGAGCUGA